UUAUUAAAAGCACACAACUAUAGAAUAUAAAAAUAAAACACAAAUCCUAUUGACAUUUUAUAAAUUUCCAUUUCCAUUAACGCAACUAUAUACUUCAAUUGCUUCAAGAUCAAUGGAAAAUGAAGACAAACAUUUCCUCUUCCAACCACUCCUACCUCAUUUCAACCCUUCCUCUUAUGAGAUUAACCAACAAAACGAUUACAACAAUUCAAAAUUCUUCAUUCCAAACAACAACAAUAUCAUACAUCGUAUCCUCCUUAUUCUCUUUGUAGCAAUAAUCUCAAUAUGGGCAAACUAUGAAGCAUCAAAAACCUUUGACAUACAUAUAGUAAACGACACAAAAGACUCCCUUGCCGGUCGUCGUUUCACUCUUUUCUAUGUCUCAAACGACAAAGCCUCGCGUAUACUUCUCAACACAAGCUCCUUCGUAGAACAAAUUCUAUACCCUAAUGGAAACAACGAUAAUAUUGAUAUCAAGAAUAAGAAGAUUAUAAAGAGUGUCACCCUUCGUCUUGCUCGUCAGAAUCUCGAUACCAUCACUACGAUCACGGCAGAUGAAAAAAAUAUUAAUAGCUACGUGAUUGAAAUUAGUCCUAUGUUACUUGAAGAUGAGAAUUUCAACAACAUGGCUAUAGUAGGUGCAAUUCAACGUGCCAUGGCUCGAGUUUGGCUAUGGGAUGGAAGGUCUAAGGCAUCACCUAGGCUUCUUGAUGGUAUGGUGGAAUAUAUUGCCGAGUUAGCCGGAUUCCACCGUGAGAGACUCUCCGGUGGUGUCGGGGAGUCGCCGGAAUGUGAAGAUGGACGUGAAUUAUGGUGGGACAAUAAGGACCCUACUCAUGUUGCACGUUUGUUGCAUUAUUGUGAAAAGUAUGAUAAGGGGUUCAUCCAACGGUUGAAUGAAGCUAUGAAAGACACGUGGCAUGAUCGUAUGGUGGGUGAUGUGUUGGGUUUGAAAGCCACGAAGCUUUGUGGAUUGUAUAAUGCUACUUAUCUUUAGCAAGUAGCAUAUAUUUUUUUUUUUUUGACAAAGUAGCAUAUUUUUUGGUAUUUAACUUUUUCCAAAUAGUUCAUUUUUUUACUUUAAAUUAUUCCCAAUUGUUGUUGAAAAUUAUUAUUGAAAACGAUAUUUGAAAUCAAUAUAUGGUGGUCCUGAGUUUUUUA